GCAGACCCCACACUCAGAGCAGCCCAAUUUGAACGAAGCUUCCCGGCUACUUCUCUUGGAAAAUGACUGUGGAAGUGAGCCGAGCUUUUGGAUCUAAGGUAGUUUGCCCAGGACCAGACUUUGCUAUGUUGGCCAAGGCAGUGCUUUCUCUUGGUCUCUGGCUGCAGUUUGCUGCGGGACAGAACACACCUGAGAGAGGUCCCCAGCCGUCUACUUCCAAUUCAGAGGGGGACCUCCUCUUCUUGCUGGACAGCUCUGGCAGCGUCUCCUACUAUGAGUUUUCCAGGGUCAAGGAAUUCAUGUGGGACCUUGUGCAACCUUUCACCUUUGGCCCCAGAGAUGUCCAGACCAGCAUCAUCCACAUCAGCACUACGCCCACCAUGGAGUUCCCUUUUGACCGGUACCUGUCCAGUGGGACUCUGCAACAAGCCAUCCGGGACACUCAACAGCUCAUGGGUGACACUAACACAGGCAAAGCACUCUCUUAUGCCAAGGAGAAGUUCUUCAGUGAUGAAGCUGGUGCCCGGCCAGAUGUGCCCAAGGUACUGGUUUGGGUGACAGAUGGUUUCUCCACUGAUGACAUCUCUGAACCCAUGCAGCUCCUGAAGGACAUGGGAGUAACAGUCUUCAUUGUCAGCACUGGACGGGGAAGUUACCUGGAACUCUCUGCUGCUGCCAGCCAGCCUCCUGAGAAACACCUGUACUUUGUGGAUGUUGAUGACCUACCCAUCAUCACAAAGGAGCUUCGAGAUGCUAUCCUAGAUGUUAUCCAAGCAAAUCGGCUCCAUGCAGUAGAUAUCACCUCAAGCAGCUUCCGCCUGAUGUGGCCCAAACUCCUCUCCCAAGAAACUGGCUACUACACCCUGGAGUAUGCCCCAAUAGAUGAUCUAGCAAGGAAGAGGACAAAGCAAGUGUCUGGGGCUCACACUAGCCUCAUGCUAAGCAACCUUGCACCAGAAACUACUUAUGAGGUGGCACUCAUUCCUGAAUCCAACGUCCACUACUUCCCUCCCCAGACAACAAGGGUUACUACACUAGCAGAGGAAAAAAGCCCAGCUCAGGUUCUCAUCUCGGAGUCUGGGCCAUACAGCUUCCAUGUUAGUUGGGCUCCCACACUGGACAGUGUGGUCAGCUAUCAGAUCCUGUAUGGACCACUCCCUGGGAACUCAGUGAAGCUGCUGGAGGUGGAUGGCGAGCACAAUAGCACUGUGGUGGAGAAUCUGGCACCCAAUACAACCUAUCUAGUGACAGUGACUGCAGUCUACAAAUCGGGAAAGGAGAAAUCCCUGUCAGCUAAAGCAUGCACUCAGGAAGAGGGCUCCAAAGUGAGGCACCUUCGCUUUGAAGACAUGGGCCCCAACACCCUGAAAGCUUCCUGGGAUUCUGCUGAUGGCAAAGUCCUUGGUUACAGAGUCAGAUGCCGGCGGCAAACUGGCCCUUCAUCUGUCAUCAGCGUUUCGCCACAGAUACACAGUGUGAUCCUCACAGACCUGGCUUCAGGCACCACUAACAAAGUGUGCGUAAAGCCCAUGUACAAGAACCAGCCAGGCAAACGGCUAUGCCGCAUGGUGCACAUGCAGCCAGCUACAGAGGCCCAAGGAUAUAAGCACAGACAGAGAGCAUGAUGGAUUCUGGAGUGAACUGAUUCCCGGCAGAGCAAGGAAUCUUGCUUGGACAAAGACUUGGACAAAAAGGAGGGGUCAGGAGAGGAAACUGGAAAGCUCACAGAUCAUCUCCCAGCCUGCACUGUCUGUUAAGGUGUCCUGGUUGUCAAGCCUAAAGGCUCUCCUCAGCCAAGUUCUUGCAAAGCUUAAAGGUUUGGCUUGGCUGGAUGGAACAACCAAUCUGACUAAUAGACCCCAAAUCUGUACCCUCUUUUAUAUACAUAUGCCUGACAAAUAACAAACAAAAGACAAAGUGAUGAAUCCUCACUAUUGCUUGCUUACUGCCUGUUCUCUAUUUAUUAAAUGUUGAUACAGUUUCAUUUUUGCAGCUUAUGAGCAUGUUGAAGACUCAGCUGUUUACUGCCCUGGCCUUUCAUUCUGGGCACCUGCACUCGGAGAAAGAUUACAUGUGGCCAAAUCCAUUCCUUCUGUCAACAGCCAUUGAAACCGACACACUUGACAAAGAGCAGCUUUCCUCCAACUCAUCCAGUGUACUCACCAGGUAGCUCAAAUUAGGCAUCCCAAAAGUAUAGCACCUUGGGGAUGGAAGGGAAAAGCAUUAGGAGGAAGAAGAAGAACAUAAUACAAACACGUAGAGUAUGCAGAGAAGAUUGGGUCAGAGCCACCAGGAUUUCUGAGAAGAGGAAGAAAAGAGGUUGUUAACCCACUUGGCCUUUGGCUG